AUGGCCACUUCCACGGCCGUGACCAUACCAGCGACUCUGGCCGGAUUGGCAUAUGUCAAUGCGCGGUGGAGACUCCCUGUCGACCUGGGAGUCCUUAUUCCCUUUGUCGCAUCCCGGACCGCCUUCAACAAACGAGAACGAGCCGGUCGUGUCAACUCCUUCUACAUCCUCGAAGAACACGCGCGUAACCCCAAGAUCGCAGAUAAAACAUUCCUCAUCUAUCAGGGAAGGAAAUGGACAUUCAAGCAAACGUACGAUAUGGUCCUUCGCUAUGCAGGAUACCUACACAAUCACCACUCCAUUGCACCUGGAGAAAUCAUUGCCAUGGACAUGAUGAACUGUCCACAAUUCAUCUUUGUGGCCAUGGCCCUGUGGUCAUUAGGAGCCCUACCAGCAUUCAUCAACUAUAACCUGACCUCCGCGACUCUGAUACACAGCGUUCGAACAUCGUCUGCAAGGCUUUUGAUCAUGGACCCAGAAGUCGAGCCCAGAGCCCUUACUCCAGAGACACUAGAGACCUUUACAGCUCCCAACUUCUGGAACAACACAUGUCCCCUAGAAAUUGCCGUUCUUACUACGGGCCUUCAAUCAUCUCUCGAGUAUCAUCCGCCAUACCGGGCUCCUGACUCUGCCAGAUCUGGCGCAAUCGCCCGAUCACCUUGCGUGUUAAUAUCGACAUCCGGAACGACGGGACUGCCCAAGGCGGCAAUAGUUCCCUGGGACCGAACAGCAGUCGGUUCCGGCCUGAUGGCUCGAUGGAUAGGCCUCCGCCCAGUCACCUCUUCCAACCCCGACCGUUACUACACCGCUAUGCCACUCUAUCACUCCUCCGCUUUCCAACUAGGCUUCCAUUGCUGCCUCGGCCAAGCCGUCACCUUAGUGCUUGGCCACAAAUUUUCCGUCUCGCAUUUCUGGGACGAUGUCAUAUCAGCCGAUGCAACUGUGAUUCAAUAUGUCGGCGAAACCCUCCGUUAUUUGCUCGCCGCUCCACCCCAGGCCAACGAUCGGACGAAACAUCACGUUCGCCUCGCAUUCGGCAACGGUCUGAGACCAGACGUCUGGGACAAAUUCCGCGCCCGCUUCGGCAUCGAGACAAUCGCCGAGUUUUACAGUGCCACCGAAUCCGUCGGAGCAAGCUGGAACUUAUCCCGGAACACCUUCUCGUCCGGCGCGAUCGGCCAAGUCGGCGUCUUGGGCUCCCUGAUCUCCUCCCGAGUGCAAUCCAUCGUCCAAGUCGAUUGGGAGACCGAAUCUCCCGCUCGUGAUCCCAAAACCGGAUUCUGCGUCCCCGUCCCCCGAGGCCAGCCAGGCGAGCUCCUCUACAAGAUCGAUCCAGCCGAUAUCGGCGCCAAGUACCAGGGCUACUUCGACAACAAGAAGGCAAGCGACUCAAAGAUCAUUCGCGACGUACAUACCAAGGGCGAUGCUUGGUUCCGCAGCGGCGACGUCGUGCGGUACGACAAGAAUGACCUAAUCUGGUUCUCCGACCGGAUCGGCGACACUUUCCGCUGGCGUAGCGAGAACGUGUCCACGGCCGAAGUCGCGCAGACGCUCGGCCAGCACCCAUCUGUUCUCGAAGCAAAUGUAUAUGGCGUCCAGGUCCCGAACCACGAAGGCCGCGCCGGCUGCGCUGCCGUAUUGCUAAAGGACGUGACGACUCCCGAGUCUCCUAUCCCUGAAUCUCUGCUUGAAGGCCUGGCGACAUUUUCCCGCAACAGUUUGCCCAAGUAUGCGGUACCGGUUUUCCUGCGCGUCAUAACAACUGUAAUAGUGACGGGAAAUAAUAAGCAGCAAAAGCACGUGUUGAAGCUCGAGGGCGUCGAUCCAGAGAAAAUCACCGCCGGUGACAGGGUGUUUUACCUGCGUCCUGACGCGGAGAGAUAUGAGGCAUUUGGACAAAGGGAGUGGGAAAUGGUUAAACGGGGCAGGGUGAAAUUGUAG